UCUUGCACGGCGCCGCAUCAGCCACCUGGGCCAGUAGUGCUUCAGAGAGCGGCGAGAAGCGACUUGUCGUGCGUGUGAGAUCCCCAAGGUGGGAUGAAGUGUUGCAUAUAGCUCAGUCCAAGUGAAAAAAUGCCAUUACGACGUUUCGGCAAACUGUAGGAUUUUUUUUUAAAUAAAAGGAUCGUCUACACUAUAUAUAUAACAUACAUACAUAACAGAGUACAAGGAUAAAUACUCAGAGUAGUGAAUUUGGAAAGAGGAAUGAAAAUGCUAGUUCCAUCCGAUAUGAUUGCUGCUCAGUCGAAAAUGGUGUAUCAGAUGAAUAAGUAUUGUACGGAUCGAGUACAGGUGCGAAAAGCUCAAAUACAUAAAACAAUUCAGGAAGUAUGCCGAAUUGUGCAAGAUGUGCUGAAGGAAGUUGAGGUUCAGGAACCUCGAUUUAUAUCUUCGCUCAAUGACUACAAUGGCCGCUAUGAUGGUCUCGAAGUCAUCUCCCCGACGGAAUUCGAAAUAAUCAUCUACCUCAAUCAAAUGGGUGUCCUUAAUUUUGUGGACGAUGGCACACUUCCGGGCUGUGCUGUAUUAAAACUCAGCGACGGCCGCAAGCGAUCAAUGUCACUCUGGGUGGAAUUUAUCACAGCUUCGGGCUAUUUGUCUGCACGCAAGAUUCGUUCUCGCUUCCAGACACUCGUGGCUCAGGCAUGCGAUAAAUGCGCUUAUCGGGACAUCGUGAAAAUGAUCGCUGAUACCACUGAAGUUAAACUUCGAAUCCGUGAGAGGAUAAUUGUGCAAAUAACGCCGGCAUUUAAGUGUGCCGGUCUCUGGCCAAGGUCAGCAUCCCACUGGCCAUUGCCAGGGAUACCCUGGCCACAUCCCAAUAUUGUGGCUGAAGUUAAGACUGAAGGGUUUGAUAUGCUCUCCAAGGAGUGCAUAGCUCUUCAGGGAAAGAAUUCCGCAAUGGAAGGGGAUGCGUGGGUAUUGAGCUUCACAGACGCGGAAAAUCGACUACUGCAAGGUGAUUAUUUACGCAGCUGUAGGCGUCGAUGCCUGAGCAUCCUGAAAACUCUCCGUGAUCGCCACUUGGAUUUGCCUGGAAAUCCUGUGACUUCGUACCAUAUGAAAACAUUGCUUCUCUAUGAGUGCGAAAAGCAUCCUCGGGAAAUGGAAUGGGAAGAGAACGCCCUAGCAGACAGGAUCAAUGGCAUCUUCCUUCAACUAAUCUCCUGUUUGCAGUGCCGUCGAUGUCCGCACUACUUCCUGCCUAACAUGGACUUGUUUAAGGGAAAAUCACCAGGAGCUCUGGAAAAUGCAUCAAAACAAGUGUGGCGACUCACACGGAUUAUGCUAACCAAUACUAGGUGUCUGGAGGAGCUCUAAAAGUGAUUAUGUGGAUGUAAAAUUUAUUUAAGAAAAAAAUAAGUGAACGUGAAGUGUGAAAGCCAUAAAAAGUGCGAUUUGGUGAUAAGGAAAGUUAAAAAAAAAUGUGGAGUGAAAGUUUACGGAUAAAAGUAAUGUGGAUGGAAGGUGUGUGUAAAUUUGCAAAAAAAAAUUGCUAAUUCCCCGUCGGUAGAACAAUGUAUGAUUUUAUUUAUGUUGGAGCCAGGAGUCACGAAACAUUCCAAUCGCAUUUUUUGCAUUGAAUGAAAAUGAGAAUGUUAUCUAAAUUUUCUACUCAGAAUAUAAUAAUUCAUCCAUAAUUUGAAUAUUGGUUGACAAAAUGAUUUUCCUUUUGAUUAACUGCUUCAGGAACUCUUUCAAAAGAAGCACGGCAAUAUUUUCUUCACUCAGAAAUACUCAAGGAAUAAAAGUUCAGAAAAUACGCAUGUAUUACAUAAUAUGCAUGAUAUAUAAAUAAAUUAAAAAAACUCAAAGAAUUUUAGAAAUAAAAAGUCAUUAGCUCAGCUAUUUUUCAAAAGAUCUUCUAAUAAUAUUUUAGUUAAUUAAAUGAAAAAUAGCUCUUUCUAUCCUGAAUAAAUUAAAGACUUACGUAAUAGAGGUAAUAAAUCAUUUACUUGGUGUAAAUAUUGCAAGAAAAAUCCAAUGGAGAGUUUCAAUAAAGUCACCCUCUAUUAAAUAAUAUAAAUAAAUAUAUAUAAACAUUAGUUUUUUUCUAAGACUUGUGAGUUUGAUUUUUUUUAAUCCUUUUUUUAUACUUUAAAACGUUAGCGCGUAUUUAUUCUGUGAUUAGGUUAUAUUUAUUACUUUUUUUCAAUCUCUGUUUUUUAAUUUAAUUUUAAACUUAAAUUGUUAGGUAUUUUCAGGACAUAGGUACAUAGUUAAAAAUGUUACUAAAAUAGAAAUACACCUACCAUAUUUUUAUAUAUUUACCGUAUUCACGAGAAAAGCGUAAUAUUGUAUUUUAUAAAAUCACAUAUAUUUUUAUGGCCCAUUAACUCGACAUAUACAUAUUUUAUUAUUUAAUAAUUCGAAAAAUGAUAAUAAAAAAAAAUUGUGCUUUAUUUUUUUUGUGACCUGAAGAUCCCGUUAAGGGACGUUAGGCCUGAAAAUUGAUUUAUUAAAAUUUAUUUAAUAAAAUUCCAUAUACCUACACAUUUUACGCUUUUUAAAUGAAUUCCUUAAUUGUGAACGAAUAUUAAAGCUUUUGUCAUAGCUCUUUUCCUAUGUUUUGUAAAAAAAAUCUCUGUGGUUCGAAAUAAAGCAUUAAUCAUUGAUCAAUACACAAAAAAUAAAUAAAA